AUGUACGGUAGCAAAUCCACCAUUGAAAUGGGGUUCUGCUCCAUCCAUCGCCGAAAGCGAACACGGGUUGACUUGAUUCCAUUAAAUGAUCAACCUGGACAAAUGCGAUGUAAGUUUCACAAGGAGUGUCGUCAGCGUAACGAGACGGAAAUGGUUAUCUGCAGUCUUCAUAACCGUAGGAGAAACAUUCAUCAGAUGAAAGAGGUUCGUAAAGGGAUAUUUGAAUGUCAACCACAGUUUGCUUGUCGUGGCCAAUUUAUUGACGGUGGUGUGCCAUCGUCUAAUACUGCUGCAACUCCUCCUCAAUAUGUGUUGCCGUCUAAGGGUAGUAGACCGCAGCAAACGGGAGGGGUGAUGCAUUCUACAACCCCAGCCAGUGUCAUCUGGGCACCAUCAUCGAAUCGUACACGCAAUGUGGGAUUAGUGACUUCACCGGAAUGGUCACAGACAGAUCACAAAGUGUGGUGCGCAAAACACGGCAAAUUGGCAUCUCAGUGUGAACUCCUUAAAGACUCCUGUUACGUCUGCUAUGACGCCUCUCUCUGUUUGUCAACACCACUAGAGUUGCCUUCAGAUCUACCUUUGAAGGGAUGCAAAGAGUUACUUUGUUCAAAACAUAACGCACUAAGAUUAGUUGAUUUUCUGGAGCGGACACCAGACAAGAUGGGAUACCAAUGUGUAGUUGGACAUCAGUGUCGAGGAACACUUGUUAAUCAGCAUGAGGCGCUUGAGGAGCGAGGUAUUCAUUCAGGACGCGAGGCGGUCUCUUCGUUUUUCGUGUAA